UCAGUAUUAUUUGGGGGGCGGGGUUGGAUGUUUGAGGAUGAGAAAAUAUGCCUUCUCUUGUGGUCAGUUGUUGAUUUCAUGGUUGAGAUGAGCCACAACGUAGGGGCAUCUUGGUUCACAUUGUUAGCUGCUACCAGCUUGUGCUGGUGUUGAGGUGCAGCAAUGAGUUGCAGUUUUAAGGAUCAGUUUCUUGAUGAGUACCAUAAUUUAAGGAUAGAGGCCAUUCAGACGAUUUAUAAGACUUUAAAUUCUGGAUUUAGAAUUUUUCCUUCUGUCUACCUUUAUUAUUUUCCUGAGUGCCAGACAGAUGCUGGAAUGGUUUUGCUGCAGAAAGAAUAUGCAUUUCCUUUAUUUGCUUGUUUCCUACCAACAAUAAAUGAGUAAGGCGUUCUUAUUUGCAUCGUAGGCGUCACUUGCCCAUAUAUUUUAUUGCAGCAUAAUCUGAUGCCUGUUUUCUUGGUAGUGGUCUGAGGAGCCUUCCCUCACAGCCAUGGGCAGCAAUAAAUUUAACUCGUUUCUGCUUCAUGUUCUUUCCACUGCAGCAGUGGCAGUCUGGCUCGCACAGUCCCAUUGUCCCCAGCUCCUUUGGCAAGCAUCUUGCUCUUGGCAAGGCCAAUGUUAAUCAGUGUUUGGCAGUGUGCAGAGGCCAUUGAGCUUCCAUGCUUAAUGCCCACCUGCUAUAGUACAGCCUGAGGGCCUUGCAAGACUUCAGAGCUACAAAAGUUGGCUUCAGUUGCUGGUGAAACGAGCAGAGACACCAAGAUGCAGGGAACACAUCAGGAUAGAUGCCAUUUUGUAGUGUACGGUGUCACUGGUGGAGCUCAGAGCAGGGGUGGGGAAUCUUUUCUGGCCUAGAUCCUGAUCUUCUCCAACCCUUAGCAGGCCAGAUUUGACAGGUGAGUGGAGUUGUCUCUCUGUCAAUCACCUUGGUAUGUCUAUGAUGUUUGGUGACACUGUGCUUUGAAGCCCAGUUGUUGGGGCUUCAAGGCUCAGUGUGUGACUGUAUGAAAGCCCUUUUGCAAACAGCCCUGCACUGUUUUUUGAGCUUCCAAAAACCAAGGAGUAGUGCAGGGCUGUUUGCAAAAUGGAAAUUGCUUUUAUCUCCCAUCAGCUGAUUGGCAGUGGGAGCUCACCUUGCUCUACCUGAAAGGAAGAAUUGGGAGCUUGCAUUGAGCUCCCAAACGUUUAUUUGUUGCCACAUGAGUGCCUGCGGCCUCAUAUCUGAUGUCAAGUGUGGGGUGGUGAGCAUGUCUUAGGGGAAAUGGCCUCACAAGCCAAAUUGGGAGCCCUGGUAAGCCACAUUUUACUCAUGGGCUUAACCAGCUUUGUCCUAGAGAGCCUUUGAAUGCAUGAAAUAAAGAGCAUAGGAUGUUCUGAGUGCAUCCAUGUGCAGAGCAGUCUAUAGACCUGCUCAUUGGAUGAGAUCUGCACAAGGAAAUUGAGAUAAGAGUCAUAAGAGUUUGAAGGUGUCUUGGAGAGCAUCUAGUUCACCUCCCUCCUCAGUUCAGAAUAUGCAGCCCGGGGUGAAACUACUGCAAAGUCCCUGACAGAUGACUAUCCAGUUGCUGCUUAAAAGGCCCCCAGAAAAGGAAAGAUACCAUUUCCUGAGGCAGUCUGUUCCACUAUCAGAAAGCUCAUAUCAUUGGUUAUGCCUCUCCCAAGGCUUAGCUGAAAUCUGCUUCCCUGUGUUCCCAGCCUUUGUUUCAAGGCCUGGCCUUCUCGAGCAAGAGAGAAUGAGUGCUUCAUUUUCUGUGUUACAGCUCUUCAGAUAUUUGAAGAUUCCAAUCAUGUAUUUCCUUAACUUAUUAUAACUGAGGCUGAGCAUAUCCAGUUCUUUCAACCAUUCCUCACUGCAUCGAUUCCAAGAUGGUGCUACUGGCUAGGGAUGGGAGUGAACCCUAGAAGGUAAUUCCCUUUCCCACAAUUCUCUCUGUUGUGGAUACACAUUGCGUACAAAUUCUUUGAAUAGCAGUAGCAAAACCAGAGAGAGAAAUUCUGAGUGUAUUGGAAACCUCCUGCUUCUUACCUGUCUUCCUUUUUGCGCCGUUUUGGAUUGGAAAGGAAGCAGCAGGGCUGUGAGAAUACUGAUUGCUUCUAAAAGAAAGACAUGGUAACAUUCUGGGGGAAAAGAUUAGAGACACCAAGCCUUAGAAGUGGAAGUGGUGUGCAGGUGGGGAUAACAGCAUUGUGUUUGUGCCUCAAAUUAUAUGCAGGGCAUGGGUGAAUUUUGUAUCACAGUAUUGUGUCUAGUCUUCCAACUUUGAGCAGAGAAUGGUGUGGGGCUUUUAAUCUGAAUAUAUUACCAGGCGACCCUUGCAGAUAAAAAACAGGAAGAUGCACUGAAUAGUCUUCUGGUAGCAAACUGUAUACCUCCUGUAUACUACAAACUGUAUACUACAGGGGUGGGGGACCUGUGGCUGCCCAGAUGUAGUUGAAGAACUACAAGCAUAUGGAGAGCACCACAUACACUGCCUCUGUCUCUAGAGCUCUGUUCUUGUUAAAAUUUAAUGAGAACAAAUGAGCUGGUGUGCAGCGGGAAGAAGGAAGAAACUUUCCCCUGAGACGUGUGGUAUUGAUAAGAGUUCCUGAAGUCCCUUGGUUUUUGAGAGGGCAAAGGACCUCUUUAACCUUGAGGGGGGGUGAUACCUGUAGCCUGAAGUGUCCUUGCCCUAUGUUGCAGGGUAGAGCCAGCUUUGCUGGUAGAUCUCAGAGCCAUUCAUAGUAGAUUGGCAAGGUUUUCUGACUCCGACUUUUCAUCAGGAAGGCUGAUGAAAAGAAGAAACUUUAACCAGGGGUUAAUUUUUAGUGUGAAGCACUGUGAGCUCAGUUCUCAUGCUGUGAACAAAUUAUUGGGCUUGGGAUGCGCUGAGAGGCGUCUUUAACUUGGAAUGUGUAUACAGUAUUUUGCAACUGUCUCCAGUUGGUGGCUCUUCUCGGUGUGUGUGUGUGUUUUAAAAAAGCAAAUUGAAAGCCUGAAGCCCACCUAGCCCUGCCAUACAGCAGCUUACCUGUCAGUGGACCCUGCUUGCAUCAAGGGCUAUUUGCUUCCUGUUCAUUUCACCUAUUCUCUUGUCAACGUACGGGUUUAUCAAUUUGCUUCUAGGCCAAAUUAAUGCUGCUGGUCCCCCAUUGCUGCUGUAAUUGGUCUAUGCUAGGUGAACGCUAAAUGUGAUUAUGUAAAAUUAUUAAGACAAAAAGAAUCACAAUUUAUUUUUAUGUUCAGAACGCUUCAUCCAGAAGGAUUGAACUCUGAGUUAGAUUUGAAUUGUUUCAUCUAAUUAUAUUACUUUCAGGAUCUUGAGGUUGCAUGUAACUUUAAAAUUUAAAUAGCCUUGAUUAACUAGGGUGUUACCUGUGGUGGAACUGUAUAUUAAGCUUUCUAUUUAUUUCCUGCUUCAGGAAGCAGGGGAUACAUAUGUCUAUGACCCCUGUUCCACAGAUUGUAUACAAACACUAAGGUAUGUUUUAUUUUUGUAUUUUUCUGUAUUUUUUCAAUGUUAAGAUAUGGACUGUAUAGACUCGUGUUCAUGCUGGCCAUUGACCUUAAUAUAAUGUAUGACAUAAUUAAUGAUAUAUAAUUAUUUGAUUUAUUUUUUGUAGUUAAAAAACUGAAGAAGACCAAACUGAAACAGUACGAUUACCUUGGAUCACUGUCUCACAUGUCGUUAUAGUGUAUAAAGAUAAAAAUAGAUACCGUUGGAAUCAGUCGACGUGUUGCCUCUUUUUGUGGUAUUUUGCUGUCAUUGGUGUGGCAUAAGGUAGGGUUGAGGAACCCCUGGCCCUCCCGGACUAUGACUCCCUCUUCAUGGGCUAGAUGGCUGGGGGUGGUGGAUGUUGGAUCCUGGUAACAUCUGGAAGGCCACAGGCUUUAAGGAACGGCUUUCUCCAGAGAUAUAUCUUGCUCUCAAAACACAUUCCCAGAGUGGCUCCCCGCUCCCCACUCUGCAACAGUGAAUUAAGGUGCACAAGGAGGGAUGUUGCUAUAGGUGCUGUCACCAUCCACAACCAGAAAUUGAGCUUUUGGGGGGGGUGGGUGGGGGCUUUCAUUGUAGAAUUCCCUUGCAAGACCCUCUCUCUUGCAAUCACCAAGUGGUCUGUGAAUACAUUUUUUCCACCAAGCCUUUUAAGAACUAGGACUGUUUAUGUUUAAUAUGGUAUAAAGCUGCUGAUAGUAUGGAUAGUAUGUGUGUUUUACCAAUGAAUUCUUUUAUGAAGGGUUGUUAUUGUUUUAUUUUCAGCCAUUUUGAGGGUCUGCAUAGCUGAUACCGGUAAGCAGCCUGAAACAUUUUCUAUAGAACUAAAUAUAUAGGUUUCAACUUCUGAUUAACAAGCCUUCACUAACCUGGUGCCCCCCAGAUGUUUUGGACUACAUCUCUCCCUGUGCUGACUGGGGCUUAUGGGAGUUUUAGUUCAAAAUGACUGGAGGGCACCAGGUUGGUGAUGGCUGCGAUAGACCGUGUUUUGAAGAUACACCAGUGGCUUCAUGAGCAAUUCUCCUAGGGUAACAACCAUUUAAGUGGAGGAUAACUCCUAGAAGCAUAUUACUGGGGUGGGUGGGUGGAACCCUAAGCAACUUCCAGGACCUGCAUGCAUCUCUAUAACAAAGCCUGGAGGCUGCUGUUCUAGGCCAAGAGAGGAGGACCCAGUAUAGACAUAGCAGGACAGGUGGAUUUGAGUGUUAAGUGUCGUAGCUCAGUGGCAGAGCAUCUGCUUUCCAUGCAGAAGGUCCCAUGUUCAAUUCCCAGGAUUCCCAGGUAGGGCUGGGAGAGACCUCUGCCUGAAACCCUGGAGAGCUGCUGCCUGUCAGUUUAGACGGUGCUGAGAUAAUGUACCAAUGAUCUGAUUCAGUAUAAGGUAGCUUCCUAGGUAUCGAUGUAAGAAAUAAAGCAGUCACUUAUUUUCUUCUUUCAUUAUCUCCCAGUCUCUUCAAACAGAUAGGAUUGCACUCUUUCUUUCCUCUCUCUGCUUUGUCCCUCUGUGUGUUCCUUUCAACUGUUGCUUUGUCUCCCAUAUACACUCUGUGUUCCUCAGUAAGAAGGCAUUAAACGCUCUAAAUAUGAGGCAGCCCAGAUUGUGGGGUGGUGGGGCAGAAGCAGAUGGGGGAAGGAGGGAGUGUGUGCCAGGCUCUUUUUUUUUACCCAUGAAUAAAUUCUUUCUUGCACUCACAUUGGAGAUCCCGAAUGAAAUGAAAGCUUUUAGCAUCAAAUGAUGCUUCAGGGAGCAGCCUUUCAAUUGGGGGCGGGGGAACCACUGGAGUUCUUUUAAAGGGUCUUCUUCUCCAGCUGAAAGAGUGAUGGGGGUGGAGGGAAGUCUGGAUGAGCCCAUUAACCUUAGUCGCAGCUCAGUGCAUGCUGUCUUCCUCGCAUGCCUGUCACCGUGUUCUCCCAAGAGAGAUGGCUUAGCCUGUUUCAAUCUAAAGCUCCUUCUGUGGAUGGGAAAAAAGAUGGCCAGAAAAACAGAUCUGCAAACCUUAAAGUGCUUUAUGAAUAAAUGGUUAAUUAGCUGCUAGUCCAAGGUGAAGCAGGCAGGCCCAAAUCUGGCACUUAAAAUAAAUUAUGUAAAUGUGAAUGUAAGUUUAAAUCAUUAGUUCUGGUUGCGAUAGUCCCCCCCUUCCCCCCUCCUGUCUUUCUCCAGCUAGUAUAAAAAAAGAGGCUUUCAAAAAAAGGAAAGAAGCCAGUUUGCCUUCUCUUAUAUUUUUGCUUUAUUGCUCCUUUCAUUUUCAGCUUCUUUAAGCCUAUCACUGGUACUUAGAUCAGAAUCUUAUCCUGCAAACCAAAGCAUCCUUAAUUGGAAGCAAGUCCCAUUGAAUUCCCUGGGGAUUUAAUAUCUGCACAAACAUGCUUAGGCCUUGGCUCUGUAGCAACCUGAAGCAGAACCUUGUACAACAAUGGUUUUUGUAGUGUUUCAGAUACUGGAAACAAGGCUUUUUCAAGAUUGGGGGACGGGGGGGGGGGCGGAAAUACUUGAUGUUGAUUACCUGACUGCAGUUUGAAUAGUACGUAUUCAGAAAAAGCAGUAGUCCAUCCAUGGCCCUCAUUGUACCCUCAUCUGCCAUCCUCUGGAUACCUUAGCCCAGUGCUUUUUUCUGGAGGUACGCAGGGGUACACAUACCCCUAAACAUUUUGUGAAUCUAUGUUUGGCCUCAUUGAGGGGCAGUAUUUCAAUAUGAGUAGGAAAAUGUGAGUACCCAUAAACUUUCUUUCUUUUUUUUUAGGGGGGGGGAGCAUUGCCCUCGCCACCUAUUGAAUGGCCUCUGUGGGCUGAGUGAGAUGGGUUUUGUGCAUCUAGAUAUGUGCGCAGGGGCCCAUCUGUGGAGGUGUGCCACUACCGAAGCUGAUCUGCAACUUAUUUUGGAGGUGCAAAAGAGAAUUCUAUGCAUUGGUUCUGGUCGCUAAAAUGGAAUUUCCAAAUUCAAGUUCAAUUUGUCCUCAUUCAUUCAUCUAGGUGGAGGGCACCUUAGUUCAUGUUCUUAGAAACAGUGGUUUGUGGGAGCCCCUAGGCAUUGUGGGGAGAGCGAAGUAACAGGUUCUUGUUCUUGCAAGGAUUGCAGCAGCUUGGCUUGCUCUACACUGCCCUCUACUGCCAGCCUUCAGUUCAACACCAGUGUGGUGUAGUGGUUAAGAGUGGUAGACUUCUAAUAUGCUGAACCGGGUUCAGUCUCUGCUCCUCCACAUGCAGCUGCUGGGUGACCUUGGGCUAGUCCCACUUCUUUGAAGUCUCUCAGCCCCACUCAGCUCACAGAGUGUUUGUUGUGGGGGAGGAAGGGAAGGGAGAAUGUUAGCCGCUUUGAGACUCCUUAGGGUAGUGAUAACGCGGGGUAUCAAAUCCAAACUCCUCCUCCUCUUCUUCUUCUUCUUCUUCUUCUUCUUCUUCUUCUUCUUCUUCUUCUUCUUCUUCAUUCCUGAAGCAUAGGAAGAUUCCUUAUACAGAGUCACGCUUUUGGUCUAUAUGGCAUAGUAUUUUCUAUAUUAAGUUCUGGAGAUCUGCUGCCAGGCAGGCAGGAAUCUUGCCAGUCCCGAACUGGAGAUUCUAGGGAUCAAACCUGGAACUUUAUGGAUGCAAAGCAUGUGCUGUACCACUGAGUCCCAAAUGCUGAACCAUUUUGGGAGAACUGGAGUUUUAGGGAACCCAACAAAGCUCCUUAAUUUUAUUUUAGCUUAAAAAGAAAAUUUAGUCUCCCCCAAUCCAAAGAUGUUUGUUGGAAAUAAUAAAUAAAUAAUAAAACCGUAAUAAGUAAACUACUACCGUAUUAGUACGGUGGCAGAAUCAACAUUUUUAUACAAAAAAAAAAAGAUCCUCCAGAUGUUGUUGUACUGUACUAUGCUUCCAUUACCACUUGUCAUUGGCUGUGCUGGCUGGAGUUGUUAUGAGUUGGAAUCCAACAAUAUGUGAAAUGCCACAGGUUCCAUGUUCUUCUGGAUGAUGCUUGGGCUUGGGAAAGGUCAGGAAGGCAGGAUGCAACCAGCACAUGCCUUCUUAGUAUUCUAGUUUAUCGCAUUAGAAGAGUCCUGCUGGAUUAGACAGGCCACCACCAUCAUGUCUUACACAGCCACCAGUCUGAUGCUUCUGGAAAGCCCACAAGUAGGGCAUGAAGGCAGCAGCACUCCGCUGUCAUUUGCUGUCCAGAAACUGGUGUUCAUUGGUAUUCUUCUGCCUCUGAACAUUAAGGUUCAAUUUAACUGUCAGGGCUAAUAGACCUAUCUGUGGCUGUCCUCCCAUCGGUUAGUAUGGUCACAGAAAGGGUAUGCUUCAGAGGGUGUGUUCGAUUUGAUCCAAGAAAAUGUUGCAUGUUAUAGCUGAGAAGUGCUCUUCUCGUGUAAUGUAUGUAAGGUUCUUUUCAGUUUAGGAAAGGAAAAACUAGCAACUUGCAAAAGGAAAAACUAGCAGCUUGCAAAAGGGUAGUUCACUAGCUCCUGCCAUUCCUGAAGACACUGGAAGCAGAUAGCAGCUGUUCCCUCACUUUCUCAACACACCCAUAACAGAAAUACUAACAAACAUUUUGUUUCUAGUCUGAGAGCUACCAAGGUCUGGCACACUGAGUCUUGUUCCACAUCCUACCAAAUGCCAAAAUACAGAUUGGGUCAUACGUAAUCACUCAGGAAUUUCUGUCCUGAAAUUGGCGAAGCUCAACAUCCGCUGGGGAACAGGAAUUCCAAGUGUUCAGCACCUGUCCCUAUACAGAAGUGCUGCACGUGCUACCAUGAAGCUGGCAAUACCUGUCUGACUAGUAUGUUGUCACCCAGUCAUCUGCAUCACACAGACAGGUCAAAUUUGGGUUUUGAGGACACGUUGUUGGAAAGAGUCAGUGGUUCUGAUGGGAGGCCAAAUGGAUCUGUGUGUGUGUUGGCAUUUCACAAGGGGCUUUGGGGGUGAAUUUGGUGUGGCCAGUGAGGUGUCUGGUGAUACACACUGUUUGGGUGGCUUUGUAGAGGAGAAUCAGGGUCCCCUUGAGCCACACUGAAAGGAUUGAACUGUACUUGGGAACUGGAGGGAGAAAGCUGGGCUAACACAGGCUGGAGAGGAAAUGAGGGUACAAGAACUAAAGGCGCCUUAAAAAACAACAACCACCUUCCCAGUUUCUUAUUUGGCCAGCUAUUUAAAGUGAAGGCAUACAGAAGCAGGAAAUGGGAUGGACUUUGCUGAAUCACAGUGGAAUAUUCUAUCAUUGGGGCUGGGUUCAAGGAAGAGAGGGAACGCCUUUCCUUUUUUGCUGAAAUCUGAUGAAUGGAGGGAAUCUCGCCCUGGAUGUAUUGAGCAGGCAAGGUCCAGGCUAUGCUUUCCAGAGAUCUGGCAGGUGGCGAUGGGCUUCUGGUUUCCAUCUCCAUGUACAUCUCUGGCACUCCUCCUUUUGUAACUAGAUAUGUUCACCAAAAAGUCAACAAAAGGGGGCUAGUUAUCAGGACAGAUUAGUUAGGUGGUAUUUAAGUGCAUCCCUUAUAGAGCUCAACUCUGAUAGUAUCCGCAGGCUUUUAUUUUCAAAGGAAGAGCUGUCAUUGCUACUUUGUUCUAAUAAACUCUGGUGCGGCACGAGCAUUGUUUUACACUGAAUGAUGCGGAAAAACUGUCUGUGGACAAAUGCCGGCUCCCUCGGCCUGUAAACCGAGAUGAGUGCUGCAACCCCAGAGUCGUCUGUGCCUGGACUUAACUGUCGGGGUCCUUUACCUUUUAUGGUGUAGCCCAUACUUUUGCCAACCUGAGUCCCUCCAGAGGUUUCGACCAUUAGCCAUGCUGGCUGGUUCUGAUGGGAAUUGGGAGUCCAGCAAUUUCUGGAGGGUGCCAGGCUGAGGGUAUCUGGUCCAGCCUAAUUAAAUCUUCAUCUUAUUUAUUUGCCUACCUCCUCCACUUCAUCUCAAGUUUACUACAAACUGCCAGUUUUGUCUUUUUCAUCACACCUCAAAACAACAUUUCCUUCCCCGCCCUCUUCUUUUCAUUCUUGCAUCCAACCUGAAUAUUUCUUUAUACUAUAUAUGACCAAUGAUGGAUAGGAGGAUGGAAUGUGGGUUUCUUAUAAAUAUACCGGUAAAAAUAAGAAUAAAAGUUCUAGUGAGCUCAAAAACAUGCUGUUUGUAAUAUGCCUAGCUGUUGUUGUUAUGCAAUUGCCACCCUACAGAUGGCGCCAUGAGUGAAUAAGAGAGAGAGAGAGAGAGAGAGAGAGAGAGAGAGAGAGAGAGAGAGAGAGAGGGGACUCCUUCAAAGAACUCAAAGGAGCCUGUUUUGAGUUUAACUGUGCUACUUCCGGACAACAGUGAGCUCUCUGAGGGGCUUUCCACCUUGCAAGAUUAUUUCCUUGGGAAAGGCGACUUUUGAUUAAAUCUGCGCUCACACAGAAAAGGUGUAGGCAACUGGUCAGGCCUUGGCUUUCUCUCUGCAGGAUUCAAGACUUAAAGGGCGUCCCUCCAGGUGGAGCUCGACGAUGUCACUCUCAGUGCGGCCCCAGCGGCGCAGCCUGGUGGUCAGGAUCAAUAGGAGCCAAUCGUUCGCUGGCGUCAACUCCACUCAGGACAAAUCUUUCAGGAAUUUCCCUGCCUUCAGCACCCCAACGGUCUCCAGGAAGUCUGGCUCCAGGGUCAGUAGGAUGUUUUCAAUGUCCCACAAAUCCCCUCCACCCAAGGUGCCCCAGCCGGAGCGACUCGAUGAAGUGUACGAAGCACUGAAGAAGGGACUGACUGCUUAUUUGGAAGUGCAUCAGCUGGAGCUGGAGAAGCUGAGCAUCCAAAUCCGCGAGUCCAAGAGGAAUUCUCGAUUGGGUUUUCUGUAUGAUCUUGAUAAGCAAGUCAAGUCGAUUGAGAGGUUUCUGCGCCGUCUGGAGUUUCACGCUAGCAAGAUAGAUGAGCUUUACGAGGCCUACUGCAUCCAGCGGCGGCUUCGGGAUGGAGCCCACAACAUGGUCAAGGCCUACACAGCCGGUUCACCUGGCAGCAAGGAGGCACGCGAGAGCUUGGCUGAAGCUAGCAAGGGCUACAAAGAGUACACAGAGAAUAUGUGUCUGUUGGAGAGUGAACUUGAGAGUCAGUUGGGAGAGUUCCACAUCAAGAUGAAAGGAUUGGCUGGCUUUGCUAGGCUCUGUGCUGGAGACCAAUAUGAGAUCUUCAUGAGAUACGGGCGCCAGCGGUGGAAGCUGCGGGGCCGCAUUGAGGCAAACAGCAAGCAAGUGUGGGACAGUGAGGAGAUGAUCUUCCUGCCUCUCAUUACAGAGUUCCUGUCCAUCAAGGUAACAGAGCUGAAGAGCUUGGCCAGUCAUGUGGUGGUGGGGAACGUCUCUUGUGAAACCAAGGACCUGUUUGCAGCACUGCCCCAGGUCGUGGCAGUAGAUAUCAAUGACCUGGGCACCAUCAAGCUGAGCCUGGAGGUUAAUUGGAACCCCUUUGACAAAGAGGACCAACCAUCAUCUGCUAGCACUGUGACAAAGACAUCUACAGUCAACAAGAGAUUUUCCACGUACAACCAGAGCCCACCUGAUACACCCUCUAUGCGUGAACAGGCUUUUUAUAACAUGUUGCGGCAGCAGGAGGAGCUUGAGAAUGGGGCAGCCUGGUCCAUCUCUUCAGAGUCUUCGGAUGAUUCCUCUAGCCCACAGCUGUCUGGAAGUGCCCGCCAUACACUGCCCAGGCCUAUUGUGCAACCUGCAGUACAGGCAACUCCGCCUGCCAUAGAAAUUGCCUUUACACAACCAGAGGACAAAGAGCCACUAGCCGUUCGCGAGGAGGUGGCUGUGGCUAACGGACACGUGCCCUAUGCUCGGACUCUUAGCCAGAUCAGCGAGGCUAGUGUGGACCUGCCAGUGGCAGAGGACAAGGAGUGCACUGUCCCCAGAGACUCUAGUCCCAAGGACCUGCCUCCCCUGGAAACGAACUCCUUGCCCCAAAGUGCAGGCUCAGUGCUGGACACUCAGAUCAUAGAGACUGGAGAACAGGAGGUUGAGCCUGAUGGGGCCACUCCCACUGUAGAAGGGAGUGAGGACACAGCCUCCCAAGCCCAAGAGGUUGAACAGCCCAAGCUUUCAUUGAGCCUGCCGGUCCCAAAGGAGCUUCAACCAGUGGGACUCUUGGAGCCACCAAAGCCCAAGCCUGUGGACUGUGGGCUGGAGGAGGCCAUUAAUUCACUGGCCUCUGCUCUAGAUGACUACCGAGGCCAGUUCCCUGAGCUACAGACCUUGGAGCAGGAGCUUAAGCACCUAGAGGAGAUUCUCUUGCAAAAGCAGGGUGUGUGCCUGAGCCGGGCCUCCAGCACCAGCCUGACAGUAGAGCAUGCUCUGGAGAGUUUCAGCUUCCUCAAUGCUUCUGAUACCGAAGAUUCAGAUGAUGACGGGAAGGCUAGCAGUGCACAGCCUGCACCCCAGGGCAGGGUACCUGGACCCAGCGAGGCUGUUACUGAAGACACAGCUGGGUGCUUAAGCUCAGAGGGUGGCUCAGAGCCCAUGAGCACUGGCAACGAGUUCCUCGACAGGGCCUUGGUCCUACACCUGAACCAUUGCAAUCGCUUGCUGCUGAAACUGGGCACUUUUGGGCCCCUCCGCUGCCGGGAAAUGUAUGCACUCGACAGGCUGGCGAGGGAAGCACAAGUCCUGGAGACGGUCUGCCGCUUAGCAGAGGAGCGAGCAGGGACAGCCAGCUCUGCUGAGGAAGUGGUACAGUUUUCUUCAUGGAAGGAGGGAGUAUUGCUCUUCUGGGACAACUGUGUGGUCAUUCCUAAUCUAUACACCUGCCCUGUAGAAAAAUUCCUGCAGACACUCAAUUCCCAGUAUGCGGCACGAAUCAACGAACGCCAGCAAGGCCUGGCAGAUCCAGUGUGUGUGAAGCUGGUGGAGGAGUUUCUCCAACGCAGACUGCCCAGGCGCCAGGGGAGCUGCCAGGCUGAGCAGAUCACUGUUUUCCAAUACUGGAGCCACUUUGAGGCUCUGCCUGUCUUGACGCUGGACUCUUAUAUCACGGAGUUGGCAGAGGAAGUGCUGCUAGCACAGAACCUGAAUUCUGAUGACCAAGACGUGGUCCUGAAGGCCCUGAAGCGCGUUCCUGAGAGCCGGCUUCGUAAGGAUGGGCUGAAAGCCUUAAGCCUGCUUCUUGUCGAAGGAAACAGCAAGGUUGUCGGGGCCGUGUCAGCACAGUUGCGCAACCUUUCAGAGAACCCUGGCUUCCGGGAACGGGCCCUGGUCUGUUACCUUGAGCAGCUGGAGGAUGAAGAGGUGCAAACACGGAUUGCAGCCUGCACAGCUCUGGGCUGCCUUAAGGCCAAGGAGAGUAUUGAGCAGCUGGUGUACUUGUGCCAAACGGACAAAGAGGCCGUACGAGAGGCAGCCAAACAGAGCCUAAUGCUGUGUGGAGAAGAUGGGAAAUCUGCUCAUCGACGUCUAGAAGAGUCUCUUGACAGUUUGCCCCGAAUCUUUGCCCCGGGAAGCAUGGCCAGCACUGCGUUCUAAAGGGUGCCACGCAAACCUACCAGCCAGAUCCUUUUGGGACCCAGACUUUGCAUGCCACAGAACUUCAACCAAGUCACACAGACUGGGCUCAGACUAGUGUGCCAUAGACUGGGCAGCUCUUUGCCCCUAAGCGCAUGCACACACUGCAGUAUUAGCAUCACUCACACGCUGUCUUAUGUGGAGGAUGCCUUUUCCUAGCCCCAACGGCUGCUUCACUCAUGGAACUAACAUGAGUACAAGACACUGAGAGAUUCGCUUGUUUUUUUCCUACAGGAGCCCACUGGGCUGAGGGAUUGAGUAUGGCUCUCUGCCAUUCGCCAGGAUCAACAUGCCACGUUUUGGAGAAAAACAGCAGCUGAGCAUUAUGGCCAUGGCAGACUCAGUUGCUAAAGCCAUCUCCCAUUUGAGACAAACUUGGAAGAAUUUUUGUGUGUUCUUGAAGUCCCACUUAGUGUUCAACUUGUUCUUAGCUUGCCCAUGUCAUCCACCCUCUGGGGCUGUGAAUACUGCAGGAAAUUGGGACCAGGUAUAUUCUGCUACUGAGGAGCUGCAAACUCCUCUCUCAGUUCUGAGAGGUGAGGGGAAAGAAAGUGCACAACAGUUACAGGAGGGAGUUUCCCACCUCCCAGUGAAGGAGGAAGAAAGGACAGAUUGUUUUUAACAGUGGUGCUUUGGCAGAUGGAAGCAACAUGGGUAGACAAACGCUGCCACUUCUUUGGCUAUUUUAUUAUUUUUAUUUACACAUUGGGGGGGGGGUGUUGCAGACAAAAGUCUUUUCUAUAAAAUCUCUAUAAUUUUAUCUGUAUAUCUACAUAGAUAUAUAAAUAUAUAUAAUGUAAUUAUCAAGAGGUUUCGCUAAUUUUGACUUUAAGCCUGAAAUAAAAAGAAGUUUGAGCAAGUGA